AUGAUGGAUCCUGAUCCUCUGUUUGAAUAUUCUGUCGCAGAGAAAGACUGGACGGUUUCUGUGUUCAAGCUGAACGCAGCCUGUAGAUCGACGCCUGUUCGGUUCGGGAUAUAUCUGUCGCUGUACACUGUUUUCUUCUUGGCUCGCCGUGGAGUAAUAGGUGACGAGAGCAGUGGGUUUGACACGCCUGAUUCAUCGUUUCUUGGUGUGGAGGGAAAUAGAUCCAAGGCUUUGGAGAAGAUCAGACUGCGACAGCAGGCUCUGCGAGGGCAAACUGGGGCAGUUCCGCAGAAACAGCUGACUACAGAGCAACGAGAGCUCAUAGAACGCAAUAGACAGAAAGCUUUGGAACGGCGACGGUUGCGUGAACAAGGUGAUGGUCCACCACCUGCUGUGCCCACACAGGACGUUCGGCUACCGAAAGAAGCACCUGUAAACCAAGGGCAACCGCAAUCUGGUGCCACCACGGAGUUUAGAAAGGUGCCCGACAGAAUCAGGCCGUCUGUGAAAAAGAAUGACUACAUCGAGUACGACUUCAGCACCAUGGAGGAUACUUUUGGUGGAUUUUUGUCGGAAGCAGACCGGAAAGAGGCAAGUGAGAACGACAAGUCGCUGGAGCAAUGGCAAGAAGAGCAGAAAAACCGACCUUUGGUGGAACCUGCUCCGCCGUUAGACCAGGCAAAUGCUCCGAAAUGUUUCGAAUGCGGGUCUAUUGAUCUGAACAGGAACCUAUACCAGGUUUUUGGGUGUCGAGUUUGCCGAAGUUGUGAGCAAAAGUACCCCGAGAAGUACUCUUUGCUCACAAAGACUGAAUGCAAGGAGGACUAUUUUCUGACAGAGCCGGAGCUUGCAGACGAGGGUCUGUUCAAGCGUAUUGUUAAGGAGAACCCGCGUAGUGGGACGUACUCGAAGAUGCAGCUAUUUCUCCGGUUCCAAAUCGAGGAAUUCGCCUUUAAAAAAUGGGGAUCGGCAGAAAAUUUGGACAAAGAGUGGUUAAGACGAGAAGAGUUACGCGUUAAGCGACGCGACAAGAAGUUCAAUCAACGUCUGAGGGACAUGCGAAAGAAAAUGCGUGCAGAGGAAUUCACUCGGAAAAUCAGAGGCGAGCGUGGGGAACGUCAUGAACAUGAUUGGAGCAAAGGAGUGCCGAGUGGAGAGCCUGGCAUGGUGAAAAGACGGUGCAAGGACUGCGGUUUGGAAAUAGAAGAGAUAGUUAUGUAG